AUGUCACGACCAAGCGCGGCACCUCGCAAUCUGACAUUGACGGAGGAGCUGGAGAAGCUGGAGCAGUCGAUUACAUUGACACUUCAAGAAAUCGACCACAAUUUCAGCAAGGCGCACCGCAUCGUCACGGCGAGCAUCCUACCCGUCGUCGAAUCCUACGGCGAGCACUCCAAGGAUGUCUGGGAGGCAUCCAAGUUCUGGAAGCAAUUCUUCGAAGCAUCAGCCAACGUGUCGCUCUCGGGCUACGAAGAGCUCGCGAACGACGAAGACGAUACCACGAACGCCGAAGAGACGACGGUACAAGAGGACCUGACGGGCGUCUACAACACGCCCCGCACCGGCGGUCGAGAUGACAUGACGCUGAACACGCCAGCCGGCGAGUCGACUUUCCAGACGGAUGUUUCGCUCCUGAACGACGACGAGCUUACGGGUAGCACUCCGCGGGCCCCAUCGACCAGGACCGUCAAGGCCAACUACUCCAACCUCGAAUCGCCGUAUGAAGCCCUGAAGCGUGAGCUCAAGGGUGAACCGCCGGCGCCCGAUGCCGAGGACGAUGGUGACGAGCUUGAAGAAGAAGACUCCACUGUGCUCUUUGCGCAGCACACUGCUCGUCUGCCCGACAUGUCCAUGACGCCGCGCUCGCUACUCCCCCAGCCCCAGCAGUCAAUCCAACGAGGAAAUAAGGACCCGCUGCUCCAUCGCAUGCUCGACAAAACCUACAGGCUCCAGGCGACGCCGCACAAGGGAACCCAAUACCGCAUCUCGCCGCUCAAAAAGGAAGACGAAGGCCAAAGCAAGAGCAAGGGCAAGGAAAACAUCCCGUCAUGGCAGGACUCGCCCAUGUCGUCGCCCGUCAUGGAAGCGCCAAAGCUGCGGAGCGAGGCUUUCAUGUCCCCCAUCAAGUCAGCGGCACGCCAGCGACUUGCCGCCGCGACGGCCGGACCUAGAACGCCAGGCGUCAGCGUGCAAACGCCUGCUUCGACGCGGCGCAUAAAAGACUUUUUUCCCCACGACGACGACACGACGACUACGACCGAGGCUCCCGUGACAAGGCAGAAGUACGAGAUCGACUGGGAUAGCGACAGCGACGAGGGUGCUUUCGGUGGCAUGAGCCCACCCAAGACGAUUCAGUUUGCACUGCCGCCGUCCAAAUUGUUGCAGACACCCGCACGGGAGGCUAGCAAGCGAAUUGUAGACGACAUCUUGAUGACGGCCGGCGCUGAGCCCGACAGCUCCGAAUACAGCCCCACCAUGGUCAAGAUGAACGAUGACGUCUUGAAUGAUAGCUUUUAA